AUGUUUAGACAAUGUGCUAAAAGAUACGCAUCCUCAUUACCCCCAAAUGCCUUGAAACCUGCAUUUGGCCCACCAGACAAAGUGGCGGCCCAAAAAUUUAAAGAGUCACUAAUGGCUACUGAAAAGCAUGCUAAUGACACAUCUAAUAUGUGGGUUAAGAUCUCAAUGUGGGUCGCCCUACCAGCCAUCGCUUUAACUGCUGUGAACACAUAUUUUGUUGAAAAAGAACAUGCUGAGCAUCGUGAACAUUUGAAACAUGUUCCAGAUUCCGAAUGGCCAAGGGAUUACGAAUUCAUGAAUAUCAGAUCUAAACCUUUCUUCUGGGGUGAUGGUGAUAAGACUUUAUUCUGGAAUCCUGUUGUCAACAGACAUAUCGAGCAUGAUGAUUGA